AUGGGUAUUUCGCCCUCACUUGUAAGAUCAUUUGUCAAAGGCACAAAGCGCCUGCAAUAUAUCUAUAGAUCCCCUGGACCUCACGAGCCUACCAUAUGUUAUAUACCUGGAUUCCAAUCGCAAUGUAUGGAAUCCAACAAAUGCCAUCAUGUGUAUGAUCUUGCAGUUUCAGAGAAUGCCGGCUUUUUUGGCUGGGACCACGCUAAUGGAGGUUCAGUAUUGGAGUGGUGGAGCGAUGGAAAUGAAUUGUUGGAAAAAUAUACAAAGGGACCUCUUGUAUUGGUGGGACCAAGUAUGGGUACUUGGAUUGCACUUCUUUUGGCAGGGCGUUCACCAGUAAAAGAACGUAUACAAUCAAUUGUGGGCGUGGGUGGUGGAGUAGACUUUACAGAGAGAUGGCUUCAGGAAGUUCCUGUUGAGCACCGAGAAGAUCCGAAAUAUAUAUGGAAAAGACCAUCCAGUUAUGCAGAAUGUGGAUACUAUGCCAUUCCGGUACAUACUUUGUUGGACUCGCGAGCAUGUUUGGUCAUGGGGAGCCCUUUGGAUAUUAGAGUCCCUGUGUAUUUGAUUCACGGUCAAGCAGAUAGUGAUGUUCCACCGCAGAACGCAAUACUAUUAAAACAGUAUCUAGAGGAACAUUCUAUUGAGAAAGUAUACUUGAAAUUGAUCGAAGACGGAGACCAUCGCCUGUCACGACCACAAGAUAUGGAUGUUAUUAGCAGUAUCAUAUUAUGUAUAUUAAAAUAA